AUGAAGCGUCCGCUGGCGCUGAUGGAAAAGCCGGCCAACCCGGCGCCAGCGCGGCCGGGGCAGUUUGCGCGGAGUUAUCUCUUCGCCACAGGUGCGCUCAGGAUAAAGCGGAAGGGCCAUCGGCUCUUUCGCAAGCGCCUGGCAAGCAAGGAGAACCCCUUCCCCGGCGGGCGCCUGGCCUGCUGCCGCGCCCUCGCCGCCGAAGCCGCUUCGGCGGCCCCGGCCUCGGCGUCGGCCUCCGCGCGGAGCGCGGGGAGGCUGAUGCCGCUGAUUUGGCGCGAGUGGAAGAUGCUUUGGCAUGAUGCGGGCCUUAGCGACCCUCACCUCCAGCUGGACACGCCCGAGGCGCUGGGCGCCUUCCAAGCGGAGGCCACCGCAGCGCUGCGGCGGUGGCGGCAGGUGGACCGCGAGCGCGUGCGCCUGGCGGUGGAGGCGGAGUGGCGGGUGAUGCCGGGGUCACAGAAGAUGCUUUGGGCAGCUGUGGCAGAGCAGCGCAAAGCCUUCGCCAGGCCGCCCUCCCCUCCUCGGCGUCCGAAGCGGCCGCCGCCGAAACCGGCGGAGAAGGAGUUGGAGCCGCCGUGCCUUUCAAAGAUGCCCAGCAGAGAGGAGCUCUACAAAGGAGGCACAGACGCCGCCUUUGCGCACCCCUUCGUCCAGGAGCUGCUGAGCUUCGCGCGGGAGAAGGUGGCCCAGCGCUCGCCCUUGGGCGCCGAGUGGAAUCUCUGCGUGCGCACCUUCGGGCGCAGCGGACACGGCGGCCGGAAGAAGCAGAGAGGCAUCGCGGCCAUGACCCUCGCCGUGCUCAAGGAGUUGGGCUUGUUGGAAGGCGAGCUGCGCCGGCGAGUUCACAUCUUCGUGGCGCACGACGACCCCGACUUCGUGUCUGGAGGCUACGCGCGCGCGCUGGGCGAGCUCAUGGACCGCGUCAUCGUGGGCGUGCGCGGCGCUGACCUCCAGGUGCGCUUCAUUGAGGAAUGCUUCCCACGGGGCCAGCACGUGGUAGUGUGUGACGACAACAUCUUGGCCCUGCAGCACCUGGUGAACGGCCAGGGCCCCCCACAGCCCCCGGACCUCGACGCGGUGUUUCUGCGCGCGCGCCGGGAGAUGCAGCUCUAUGGCGCGCACCUGUGGGGGAUUUCGCCCACCCACAACGUGGUCUUCGUGCAGAACAGCACAGAGGUGAACACCAAGCUGGGCUUGGUCUACGGGGCUUUCUUUGGCUUUGUGUGCUUGCACGAGAAGGAGCUCUACACCCAGCACGGCCAAGUGAAGGACGACUUGGAGCGCUCGCUGCGGUACUGGGACCGGGACCGCGUGGUGAUCCGUUUCGGGCACCUCGUGUGCAAGAAGAGCCACAAGCCAGGGGCCUUCGACACCAACAAGGGCGGCAUCUCCGCGUCUCUCGGGGGCCAGGGCCACCAAAACGAGGCGCAGCGAGCGCUGCUGCGGCUGGAGCAGCGCUUCUUCGGCUACGUGCGGCUGCCCUCCUUGUCGGAUCAGAAGCGGGACAAGUCAGGAGACCUUUGCACCACUCGUGGCUGUCCGGUCUGGAAGAACACCGUGUCCAACUGCGGAGUCGUCUUUCUGCGCCGAAGUGCGAAGCCUCCGGAGGACGGCGUGCUGAAGGUGGGCUACGUGUGCCGCGCCUGUCGCCAGCGUAGCGCGAAGAAGUGGCGGUGUUUGUGCAUCGAUCCCUUGGAGCGGGAGGCCAAGCGCAUCUUCUUCGAGGAGUGCGAGAUCGCUGCCUUGAUGCUGCAGCACGGGGAAGGCGAAGGCCUGGAGAUCGCCCGCCCGGGGCUCAUGGAGCUGGAGACCCACUUCCAGCGCAUGCCGCGCCGCGAGAAGAAGCGCCUCGAGGCCAUGGCGGUGCUGCGCCUGGCGCCUCGUGGAGGUUGGUGGAGCGGGUUGGAGCGGGAGGCGCAGCUCAGCUUGGCGCCGAAGGCGCCGGGGGCGGUGCUGCUGCAGCGCGCCGCCGCCGCCUUCGGCCAGGAGCUCACCCACUUGGAGCCGGCGGUGGAGCCGCAGCGGCCCUUGGAUCUGCAGGGCUUCCAGGGAGGUGAGCUGCUGUUGGCGUUUCCAAAGACGCCGGGAAGCCCCGCGACCCCGUCAAGGCCAGUGGAGGCCAUUGUGGACUUUGGGUACUACGAGCACUGGAGCAAGGUCUGCGGGUCCUUGCACCGCUUCCACGUGGUGGUGCGCUGCCCUAAGGUGCUGCAGGAGGUGACGCGCGACACCGCCACCGCGCAGUUUGAGCGAAAGCAAUUCUCUUUGCUGAUUCGUGGCGCAGCCAAAGACUACAUGCUGCGCCGGACUGUGGGCGCGAGGGUGGCGGCCUUGCCAGUGAGCUUCCCGGUGUGCCCUGACCGCUGCUCCCUGCUGGUCUGGCCUGGCCGCAAGGUGGAGCUCGUGCUGCGGCCCUAUCCCCCAAGUUGGCUGCAGCCCGGCGCCCGCGUGCGAGUCGUGCGCCUCGAGACCGAGGACGCCCAGCGGCUCAAUGGCCGGCAGGGCACCGUGCAGAGCUUUGUGGAGCCGGAGGACAAGACAUCGGCCCGAUACGCCGUGAAAAUGGAUUCCGGCGCACGGCUCAAGCUGCGGCCUGCGAAUCUGCAGCUGAUCUGA